CUGAGUCUAAAAAGAUGCCAGUGCUGGAUGGCUCCCUCAGGGAUGGCUCUUCCACACACUGCCACUGGUUGGUUUUUGGGGGGGGCGGGCGAUGCACGAUCCGCAGCUCCUUCCUGCGACGUUCCCCAAGGGCAGGCAGAGCUGCUGCUCCUCUCCUGCGGGGCUGCCUCGCCUGCCCCAGCCAAGGGAGGUGCACCAGGGACUCUUGCACAUCAUUGGUCUGAGAAGGUCUCCAUGCCCUUAAAGAGAAGGUGGAUUUUCUGCUGAGCCACCCGAGAAGCCCUUUUAUACCUCCUUACUCAGCCAGCUGCUUCGGCUCGCCAGUCAGUCCUGGCCGGCCAGCGGGGCUCUCUGUCUUUCUCCUGCGGAUUUGGGCUCACAACCAUCUAAAGCAAGAUGUCUGAUGAAGAGAAAAAGAGGAGGGCAGCCACUGCCCGGCGGCAGCACCUGAAGAGUGCUAUGCUCCAGCUCGCUGCCACUGAAAUAGAAAAAGAAGCAGCUGCUAAGGAAGUGGAAAAGCAAAACUACCUGGCAGAGCAUUGCCCUCCUCUGUCCCUCCCAGGAUCCAUGCAGGAACUUCAGGACCUGUGCAAAAAGCUGCAUGCCAAGAUAGAGUCAGUGGAUGAGGAAAGGUACGACACAGAGGUGAAGCUACAGAAGACUACCAAGGAGCUGGAGGACUUGAGCCAGAAGCUGUUCGACCUGAGGGGCAAGUUCAAGAGGCCACCCCUGCGUCGGGUGCGCAUGUCGGCAGACGCCAUGCUGCGCGCCCUGCUGGGCUCCAAGCACAAGGUCUGCAUGGACCUCCGGGCCAACCUCAAGCAAGUCAAGAAGGAGGACACGGAGAAGGACCUCCGCGAUGUGGGCGAUGAGGAGAACAUCGAGGAGAAGUCUGGCAUGGAGGGCAGGAAGAAGAUGUUCGAGGCCGGCGAGUCCUAAGCACGCUCUCUCUCACACCUGCUGUUCCCACCCUCCUCCAUCCCCUCCUGACACGGCCAUGGCCAUGGCCACCCUUCCCCUACCCCCGGCCCCAACCAGUCCUUGCCACGCAUCGAGCCCACUGGCCGGGUGCUGUUUCCCUGGUUUGUGCAGAGCUGCAGUCUGGAAGCAGCGGUGUAAAUAAAGCUUUGGUGGGAGA